AUGCCGAGUCCGCUCGUGUUCGUCGGCGGGGGCGCGGCGCUGACGGCGGCGGCCCGAGCGGCGGACAAGGCGAACGGUGGUGGCGGACCAUUCCGGCGGCUGGGCGAGGGCCGCGGCGCGGCGUUGCGGGAGGCUUGGCCGGUGGAGGCGCUGCACACCGUGCCCGCAGCAAGGCGGGCGGCGGCGGGCGACGCGGACGAGCUGUUUGCGUACGCCCGUCCGCCCACGAGCAAGGCAAAGCGCGAGGCGGGCGAGCGGCGCGCCUUGCAGCACCAGGAGUGGGCUGACGCGCCCAAAGAGAAGAGGCAGAGGGCGGCGGAGGAGCGGGCAGCGGUGCAGGCGGCGCUGCUGGCGCCGCUCGCGGCGGCGGACACCACGGCGUCGCUGGGAGACUCGCGGAUGCGGAGGCCGAGCGCCAUCGUGGCGGCGGUGCUGCAUCAACCCAUUGCGGCGCCGGCGGAGCGGGCGGCUUCAAUGCUCGCGCCGCUCGGCCACAACCUGAGGAUGCAAUGCGGCGAGGUGCUGAAGCGGUGGCGCGAGUUCAAGGGGGAGAUGAACCGGUCUGACGAAGACGGCGGCGAUGCGGUGAUGCGCGCCAGCUGGGCGAACGGGAUGCAGGACGGGGAGGGCCGGCCGCACACCAUGCCGAGUCCGCUCGUAUUCGUCGGCGGGGGCGCGGCGCUGACGGCGGCGGCCCGAGCGGCGGACAAGGCGAACGGUGGUGGCGGACCAUUCCGGCGGCUGGGCGAGGGCCGCGGCGCGGCGUUGCGGGAGGCUUGGCCGGUGGAGGCGCUGCACACCGUGCCCGCAGCAAGGCGGGCGGCGGCGGGCGACGCGGAGGAGCUGUUCGCGUACGCCCAGAAGAGGCAGAGGGCGGCGGAGGAGCAGGCGGCGGCGCAGGCGGCGCUGCUGGCGCCGCUCGCGGCGGCGGACACCACGGCGUCGCUGAGAGACUCGCGGAUGCGGAGGCCGAGCGCCAUCGUGGCGGCGGUGCUGCAUCAACCCAUUGCGGCGCCGGCGGAGCGCGGGGCGGCUUCAAUGCUCGCGCCGCUCGGCCACAACCUGAGGAUGCAAUGCGGCGAGGUGCUGAAGCGGUGGCGCGAGUUCAAGGGGGAGAUGAACCGGUCUGACGAAGACGGCGGCGAUGCGGUGAUGCGCGCCAGCUGGGCAAACGGGAUGCAGGACGGGUACCCGUGCCAGCAGCUCACUGUCAUGUUUUUGCAGUAUCUGCUGACGAGCCGCAUCCGACAGUCGCUCGCGUCCUGGCGGCUGCAGCGUGAGCUCGGGCGGGGGGCGAACACGGUGAGGGUGCACUUCAAAAACAUGCAGAACCACGUGUGGCCGAUCCUCUUCGGCCCGGCGGGCUUUCCGUCGGGGCAGGACGCGAGAGCGUACUGGCGACCCAUUCGCGACCAGUUCUCGAGCCUCGUGGGAGGAGGGAGAGGGAGCGGCGGGGUCGAGCAGCUCGCCAGCGUGGCGCAGACGGCGGCCAGCGCGGUGCAGGUGGCGGCGGGCCUACCUACUCACACUCCUCUCUUGCCUUUAUUUAACGCCUCAGGCUUGACCGCCGACGCCUCUUCGCGGCUCGAGCGACUGGCCAACAAAACAUGGCUGCAGGAGGAUGGGGGCGAGUCGGAGGAGGACUCGGAUGAGUUUGGCGCCAUGGACGACGACUGA